GGCAACGGCUAACGGCGGGGAGACAUCGCCCUAGAUAACGGUAGAAUCGCGGAGCGUAGUAUCGCCUGUCGCGUUGUCUUUUCGCGAGAGUGUGAAAAUCUCGGUACGGCGCGGGAUUACAUUGGCGGCAAGAGGGAGAGAGGCGCGUCCGUCCGCCCGCGUAACAGGGUCGUCGUCAUCUUCGUCGAGAUCCUCGAAACUCGAGAGUGCAAACCGUAAACGAGUCAUUCGGUUACAAUCGAUCGGCAGCCCGUGGUAUAACCGAGAUAUCGGUGCGAGCUACGUCGGGACGAAACGAGACUCGAGUAUCCGGUAUCGGCAUUCGUCACGUUACUCGUCUCACUCGUCAUUCGUCAUUCGCGUUCGUGGCGCGACUCUACUCGACUCGAUUCGAUUUUGGUCAGUGUUGGAAACGCAACGCGUUUCGCCCUUCUCGCUCUUCGAUCGUUCGCUCUUCGUUCGGCUGGCAAUGUAAAAAAAUCGUUUACGGCGAACAGAACGCACCGACUCUCUACACACAUACACACGGCUCUCCCCAUGAACUCGUGACAAAGUGCAGCGACGAGGAAGCCGAAUCGAGGCAGAGAGCGUCCACGGGAGGUAGCCGCUAUCAAUCAACGGGGAAUCUCGGUCGUCGCGGCGAGCGAGAGGACAGAGCGUUGCACGCGAGACAGAGACAACGGUAGAAGAGUGAAAGGAAGGAGAAAGAGAGAAAGACAUACACAGAGCUCUCUUGUGCAUGCGUGUGUGUAUGCGCGCUUGAGAGCCGUCGAGCCGACGAGCGACGGAGACAGCGAGAGAGAAAAAGAGAGAGAGAGAAAGAUAGAUAGAACGACAAAGAGAAGGCAGAAGAAUUAUCGAGUGAAUCCACAGGAGAGAAUACUGCGUUCCGCGAGCGAAGCGUGGGGUAUUAAGGAGGCACAAGAGAUCCGUCUCACUGAAAGCAAAUCGAAGCAAAACGUGGCGGAUUCGGUGACCCUUCGACUGUGAAGGCCCACAGAUAGUAGAUAGGGCAAGGAGAUGCGUGAAUAUAAAAUAGUAGUGCUGGGCAGUGGAGGUGUAGGCAAGUCCGCCCUCACUGUCCAAUUCGUGCAGGAGAUCUUUGUAGAGAAGUACGAUCCGACCAUCGAAGAUAGUUACCGUAAACAAGUCGAGGUCGAUGGUCAACAAUGUAUGUUAGAAAUUUUAGACACAGCCGGCACAGAACAAUUCACAGCCAUGAGGGACCUUUAUAUGAAAAAUGGGCAGGGCUUCGUAUUAGUAUAUUCGAUAACAGCCCAAUCGACCUUCAACGACCUGCAGGAUCUCAGAGAACAAAUCUUACGGGUAAAAGAUACAGAUGAUGUACCGAUGGUGCUAGUAGGCAACAAGUGCGACCUGGAAGACGAAAGGGUAGUAGGAAAGGAUCAGGGUGUCAAUCUUGCCCGACAAUUCAAUUGCGUGUUUAUGGAGACCUCUGCCAAAGCUAAAAUUAAUGUCCGCGAUAUUUUCUACGACCUGGUGCGGCAAAUAAAUAAGAAAUCACCAGAAAAAAAGAUGAAGCAAAAAAAGAAAUCGCUGUGCCUACUUUUAUAAGGUAGAUAUGGCGGAGCCCAUAUUCUCCUACAUGAAAAUCCGAAGAUACCAGUGGUUAAAAUAAAAAGAUUGGAAUGGUUAUAAAUCAAGAAAAAUACUAAUGACAAAAGAGGAGAAGGGGGCUGACAGAAUAUUAAAUGCGACAGUAGAGAAUGGGAGUUUAAAAUUGAAAUCCAGACGGUUGUAAAAUGAUAGGGGAAUAAGGGCAUGAGGUAAUGCAAUGGAAUGAAGAACGAAGGGAUAUGGAAUAUAGAAAGCAACACAGCGAUAAGCGAAAGAGAAUAUUGUAUAUACGUUGGUUCCGGGGUGGCUCGUGUGCACGCGUAAGCAAUGGCGCACAAAGUAGGGACCCCGCAGCAUCGGUUAUCAUUGUAGGAGUUUUGCAUGAAUAAAUGAAGAAAAGAAAUAAUUAAUUAAUAUUAUAUUUAGGAGAAAGAAAGAGAAAAGAAAUGUUUGUGGAUGUGCGCGUGCGCAGGUCACCAGCCCCCAUGCAUCGCUCGCCGCGCACUUCUCUCUCUCUUAUAUAAUAUAAUAAUUAUACAUAGAUGGUACACACAUGAACAUGAUUAUUGCUAUUAUUAUUAUUAUUAAUAUUAAUUAUUAAUUAUUAUCGGGAUCAUCAAAAUAUUCAUAAGUUAUGAAACUGUUCGUUUCUCAAAGUAUGUUUUUCUAUAUCUCUCCGUAUUAAGGCAAAUAAUAAAAAAAAUCAGUGAAUGUUAAAGAUAA